AGCGGUGACGUUUCUAACCUCAGGGGAAAUAACUUGCAUAAAAGAGGGGGGACCACUGUCCCUGUGCCAGCAGUGCAAUGAGUGGGCUUUGAGAUCACCAAGAGUUGUCACCGCCGUUGGCCGUCGCUGUGGCGUACCUUGGGUCGCUCUGUUUUCCUUCACAUCGAGCUUUCAUCUCCGCUUGCCACCUUAUUACUUUCGUUUUCUUUCGGAAGGAGAGAGACUUGAGGACUUUAUAAUGUACAGAUAUGACACAGUAAGAUGGCGGCCUCCAAGAAGCAGCUCGUGGUUUUUCUGUUUGUGUGGAGCUGUUGUUAUGGCAACCAUUUUCGUAGACUCUGCAUUUGCUUCUAACAGAGAUGCCAUAGUCAUGGCAUUCACAGAAAGGUUCACUAGAACAACUGGUGAGUCGCUCUACGAGCUCUGGCAUUCAGACUGUCACAGACGAUGCCGGUCACAGCUGAUAGGCCACGUGACCCUGGCAUGCCAGUUUGACCCUUACAAAGUGACCAGACGAACACUGUCCAAGCGUGACGUCAACAGUACCAUCGCCCACUUGAUAUCCGACAUUGAGCAGACCAACUCUCCAUUCCUCGCUAGAUCGGCAGCUGCCAGCUUCCUGAACAAACAGUCAGGACGCCUGUCUUCGCUACACAAGAUUCACAAACGGGGGAUAAUGGACGAAUGCUGUUACACCAAAUCUUGUUCAUGGGAGGAAUACGCAGAGUUCUGUCAUUCUCACAACCGUCGACCUGCCUAUCGGGACACCCAGUGCUAUCCUUGACCACUUGACCACUCCUUGUUUUCUGUUUCCUGAUGCGUCUUCUUUUUCUCUCUCUGCUGCAGUCGGUCACGUGACCGAGUCCACGCAUGCGCAGUGAAGUCGGAACAGAAAUACAAAUGAUUGAGCAGAUUGAAUACAAGUUACUGAAAAAA